UCUCUCUUCUCUGUCUGGCUGCUCUGCUCUGCUUCCGCAUCCGCGGGUUCAGAGACGACGAGGACGAGCUCUCACUCACAGCACAGCGCCCUGUCUCCCUCCAUUACUCCAUUGCUCUCCCUCCCUCCCUCCCUCUACAGACAGCAGGUCUGCACUGCACAGCUGCACUGUGAGGAGACUGUGACCCGGAGGGAGGCGGAAGAGCCUCCCCUUCUUCCUUCUCUCUCAUCGCUCCACCACCACCCCUCUCUUAUUUACUGGUCCAAGCCCCCCCGCGGUUGUUCCUGGGCUGGACCGGACCGUCGCGUCGUCUCGCCUUGGUUUGCUGCUGGAGUCCACAAGCACCACCGCGAGCGCGAGGGGGCAGAAAGGGAGACGAGGCGCGCUUGCCUGGGCCUCGAGGGAAGAGGAUGGGAGCAGGAGGGGAAGGAGAAGGGAAGGCGGCGGCGGUGGUGAGGGUGCUGGUGGUGGACGACUCCCCCAUCGACCGCAAGGUCGUGGAGCUGCUGCUCCGGAACCACAAGGGCGGCGCCGCGCCAUUCCACGUUACCGCCGUCGACAGCGGCAAGAAGGCAAUGGAGCAUCUCCGGCUGAUGGAACAAGACAGCCUGGAUUCAUCUGCCGCUCAUGCUAAUGAGCUAACCGUUGACAUCGUGCUCACUGACUACUGCAUGCCGGAGAUGACUGGCUACGACUUGCUCAAGGCCAUCAAGGCGUUGAGCUCCCCUACUCCGAUCCCGGUGGUGGUGAUGUCGUCGGAGAACGAGCCCCAGAGGAUCAGCAGAUGCUUAACAGCCGGUGCCGAGGAUUUCAUCCUCAAGCCCCUCAAGACCAAGGACGUGCAGCGCCUGCGCAACUGCUCCAAGUCCAACGCUGCAGCUAGACCACCCAAGGACGACGCGGACGCCCAUCAGUGAAAGAGCUUGAGCAGCAUCAGAAAGCUGCGGUCGGAUCAGAAUCAGAUCGCCAUGCCUGGGCACAGAUCACAACUGACAGGAUUAACCAUGGUCCUGCAUGCCUCCAGCAUUGAAGUGUCGCACUACUUGCAGUUCCUCUUCAAGUUCGUGCUGCUCGCGUACGCGGUGCUGUGCCUGAGCGAGCUCCUCCACAGAUGGUCCAACAAUGGCUCCGUCCUCUCCCUGUGGUCUGCAUGACGAUGAGCAUCUGAAAACCGAUCGAUGCAGUGUUAUUAGUGUAACUGCUUACUAAGGCUGCUGCAGGCUUUCAGUUGAAUUUUCCCUGUAAUCCAGGCAUGAGGAGCCAUCGAUCGAUCAGUUCUUCCUCGCUCCGAUCGAUCCCUAUAUUUCAUUUCAAUUUCACCAGCUGUUUUUUUUAGCUAGAUUAUUAUUGUUUGCCUGGCGUUAA